AUGCGCCGUGCGGCCCGUGCGACUCGCCGCACCUCCCGGGCGUCCCCGUACGGAGCCCUAGGCCUGUCCUAGCAGGGGUCGUCCCCAUUUCCAGUCCCGAGCCAGCGGCUUCGCCCGGCUCGCCGAGGAGCUACGCUCACCGCAGGGGCAGGCCCCCGCCUGUGUUCGCGGCGCCAAGAAGAGUGGACCUUUCUACUUAAAACUAAACAGAGACCUGCUUUUGCUAAAAGCUGGACAAACUAGGCUGAAGGAAUACUACCCUGAAUUUUGCAAGCAGGGCUGGAUUUCUCUAAGGCAGAAGACUGAUCUUUGAAAAUAUGUAUUUGGGAGAUAGCCACGUUCUGUCGAAUACCUUGUGCUGGUGCUGCCAUCGAAAAAUCUGGUUACACUCCGGGGAGGCCUGCUACCGCUGCAGGGCUGAGCCACCUCGGCCGUGAGAUGAGUGUCCAUCCCGAGCGGGCACACCAUGAAUAGGUACACGACGAUCAAGCAGCUCGGCGAUGGGACCUACGGUUCCGUCCUGCUGGGAAGAAGCAUUGAGUCUGGGGAACUGAUCGCUAUUAAAAAAAUGAAAAGAAAGUUUUAUUCCUGGGAGGAAUGCAUGAACCUUCGGGAGGUUAAGUCUUUAAAGAAGCUCAACCAUGCCAACGUAGUCAAAUUAAAAGAAGUUAUCAGGGAAAAUGAUCAUCUUUAUUUUAUCUUCGAGUACAUGAAGGAAAAUCUUUACCAGCUCAUUAAAGAAAGAAAUAAGUUGUUUCCUGAGUCUGCUGUAAGGAAUAUCAUGUAUCAGAUAUUGCAAGGACUUGCAUUUAUCCACAAACACGGCUUCUUCCAUCGGGACUUAAAGCCUGAGAACCUCCUCUGUAUGGGACCAGAACUUGUGAAAAUCGCAGACUUUGGAUUGGCCCGAGAAAUCCGAUCAAGACCUCCAUACACAGACUAUGUAUCUACCAGAUGGUACAGGGCUCCAGAAGUGCUCCUGAGGUCGACCAACUACAGCUCCCCCAUCGACGUCUGGGCCGUGGGCUGCAUCAUGGCAGAAGUUUACACCCUCAGGCCGCUCUUCCCUGGGGCCAGUGAAAUUGACACGAUAUUCAAAAUUUGCCAAGUGUUGGGGACACCGAAAAAGACCGACUGGCCUGAAGGCUACCAACUGUCAAGUGCGAUGAACUUCCGCUGGCCCCAGUGCAUACCCAAUAACCUAAAGACCUUGAUUCCCAACGCUGGUAGUGAAGCCAUUCAGCUCCUGAGGGACAUGCUGCAGUGGGAUCCCAAGAAACGACCAACAGCUAGUCAGGCGCUUCGAUAUCCUUACUUCCAGGUUGGACACCCACUGGGCAGCAUCACACAGAGCCUUCAGGAUUCAGGAAAAACACACAAAGACACCCUGGAAAAGGCAGGCCCACCUCCUCACAUUAAGCCAGCCCCUCCUGCCCAGCCCCCGACCAAGCCACACAUGCGGAUUUCUGCACGACCGCAUCAAGCCAGCCAGCCCCCUCAGCAUCUCAUGUGCCCCUACAAAGCAGAGGCCUCCAGGGCAGAUCACCCGAGCCAGCUCCAGGAGGACAAGCCCAGCCCACUGCUUUUCCCAUCCGUCCACAACAAGAACCCUCAGCCGAAGAUCCUUGCUGGCCUAGAGCACAAAAAUGGUGAGAUCAAGCCAAAGAGCAGGAGAAGGUGGGGUCUAAUUUCCAGGUCAUCAAAGGAUUCUGAAGAUUGGGCUGACCUGGAGGACUUCGAUUUCAGUCCAUCCCUCACCAGGAUUGACCUGCAAAACAAGAAGAGACAGAGUGAUGACACUCUCUGCAGAUUUGAGAGCGUUUUGGACCUGAAGCCCUCUGAGCCCGUGGGUACAGGAAAUAGCGCCCCGACCCAGAUGUCACAUCAGCGGCGGGACACGCCAACCCUGAGAUCCGCAGCCAAGCAGCACUACUUGAAGCACUCCCGAUACUUGCCUGGAAUAAAUAUAAGAAAUGGAAUACUCUCGAAUUCAGGCAAGGACUUUACUCCACCUAAUCCGUGGUCUAGUUCUGGUUUGUCUGGAAAAUCUUCAGGGACAGUAUCAGUAAUCAGCAAAAUAAAUUCAGUUGGUUCCGGCUCUACAAGUUCUAGUGGGCUGACUGGAAAUUAUAUCCCUUCCUUUCUGAAAAAAGAAAUUGGGUCUGCUAUGCAGAGGGUACACCUGGCACCUAUUCCAAAUCCUUCCCCUGGUUAUUCUUCCCUGAAGGCCAUGAGACCUCAUCCUGGGCGACCUUUCUUCCACACACAGCCUAGAAGCACUCCUGGGUUGAUACCACGGCCUCCAGCCGCCCAGCCAGUGCACGGCCGGACAGACUGGGCUUCCAAGUACGUGUCUCGGCGGUGACUGACCAUCUUGGCGAUGAAGCCCUUCGCCGGGAGAAGCAGGACACUUUCUGGCAGCCCACUGGUGUUUUACACCUGCAAGAAAUGUGCAGAGGGUAUAAAAGCAAACCAACGCUUUAUAGUUAUUCUUCUGAACUAAGACAUUUCAAUAUUCUUUUUUAAAAUUUUUUUUUAAAUAUUGUUUUGAAUGCAAUACCCUUUUUUUGUAUAAAAUUAUUUUAUUCUAAAACUGGGUCCCAUUAUUUUCUUAAACAACAGCAUUUUGUAUAUAUGGAUUAUGUUUUAGCAUUUUAUACAGUCAACUUUGUAAGGGACUUUUUAAAGAUUAAUUGAUUUUUCCUUUGGGGUUCCAGAUAAUAUUUUAUACAGAUUUUGAAAAAUGUAAUAAUAUUAAUGCAGUAUUGCAACAAGGGUGCAAUUGAAGGCUGUGCGACAUAGAGAGUUAUUUACUCUGUAUGUGGAUAUUUGUAAAGUGGUUAAAUUUUAAAUGUGGCUCGUUAGGUCCUUACUUCAGGCUUUCUUGGACUGACAUUAGAAAAGUGAUCCUCUACUUUUCUUAGUAUCAUGUGAAAGGUUUGAUUUUUUUGAUACCACUGUUCUGUUCUAAAAGUACUAUUAUGUAACUUUGUUUUAUUUUUGCUCCCCAGAUGAAAGAACUAUAAGUAAAUAUAUUUUGAAACUUUUACAACACCCUUUAAUGUGGUUGCAGAUAUCAAAUGAAACCAAACUUAAUCAUACUAUGCCACCACAUUCUGUAUUCUCCCAUUUUUGUAAUCAAACUGUAUAAGUACCCAUAAAAGGUGAGACUUCCACAUCAAAAGGUUUUCAGCAGUUCUCAACAUAAAAGUUAACACAGUCAAUGAAAUUUCUAUCCCUGCCAAGACACAUGACCAGAAAACUAAGCAACAGAAGGUUUUCGAUUAUAAUAACUGAAAUGGAAUUUUAUAUUCAGUUCAGUUUCUCAGGCCUGGCUAGAACAGCCAGUGACUAACCUUCUGUCCUAGCCAAAUUCUCAGGACAAUUUGGGGAGCAGAAAAGAGUUAUGGCAGAGAUUCCACUUAGCUAGGAAGCCACGGUUGCCUGAUGUUAGUGUCCAUAGCAUGCCGCAUUUGAACUCCUGACCCUGGUGCAGUUUCUUUCAAGAGUGAGAACUCUAUUUGUUGGGCAGAGGCUGUUCCAUUGAGAGGAAUGUUUACAGCAAUUUUGAAAAUGACAAAGCUAGUUUGGAGACCGAAAAAGAAAAAAGGUCCACUCUCAUCCCUCCCUGUAUGACACUUGACACUUUUGCCUCUACUCAUGGUCACCGUAAAGGCAAGAGGGAAGGUCACCACCAGUGAACACAGUGGGAUCUCAGCAGUGUAUUGACUCAUUCUCCCAGGGCUCAAACUCCGUCCUCUUGGUUCCAGGUUCCAGGAGGCAGCAAGUUGAACUGUAUGAAAUGAUCAUUUUUGUAGGUUAAAGUGGUGGGUUCAAUGGAUAUAGGGACUUUCACAUGGUUCAAUUUAAUGAGUUGGUAAAUGAUUGCUUAUAUUAGUAAUAUGUUGUAGCCUGAAUAAAUUACUGCGGUUUCCAAAGGGUCCUAACCUAAAAUCAGGGAGUAAUGUAUGUUUUGGAGAUUCUGACUCAAAAAUAUACUUGGCCAAGCACUGCGAUCCCUAGGGGCAUGAAAUAAGCACAUGAUGGAUGUGGAUUUGAUGGGUGGUAUUUUCCUGUUACCAAGCUGGCGGCAAAGCUUCAGAAAAUAUAUAUGCAAGCACAACUUGAAGCUGAAUUCAA